AUCCCUAUACCUAUGCUGCACAGCCUUGAGUUGAGUUGAGCUACUUUUUACUUUUUACUUUUGCUUUUACUUACCUUUGUACAGAGUAUCCAUCUACGAGUACCUAUACCUAUCGACCGAGUGAUAUGAUUGAUUGAGUUGCGAAUUCUUGUUAUAUAUUACUUUACUCGACCCUCCACUGCUCUAUUCUGCUACACUCACACUCCUCUACUCUUCACAACUGUAUAUCAAUCUAUCAAUCCACCAGUAUCUAUCAGUAUACGUACGGAUAAAUUACAUCAACCUCCCCAUCGUGGUGAUUGAUCGAUCGAUCGAUUGAUUAAUUGAUUGAUUCUGCUUCGGACUUGAGCUUCCAGAUUCCAGAUUCCAUCUAUUGAGACGGGAUUCUCUGUUGAUUAUUUAUCACGUACGGUAUCCGAUACGAUACGUAUCAGCGCACUUCAUUAUUCAAAUUCAAAUUCACUUGAUUCUUCAAUCUAUCUAUCAGUCACAAUCACAAUCAAUCAACGCAUCAGUCACAAGCAAAGGAAACCAACUCAAAUCAAAGCAAAGCAAAGCAAAAGCUUCCAUUAAACUCAAAAGAUAAAGCGACCGAUUGAAUUCGCAACAAACGCCAUUUGUACGUCUUCAUAGACUUCGAAAGAUCAAAGUGACUGGAUUAAAGGACAUUUUAACAUCUGAUUGUUGAAUUGCCACAGUUACUCGUAAAGUAUUUAUCCCCUAGCGUGAAUGCUUUUCCUGUCUUUGUUUUCUCUUUGGACAAGUUCGCCAUUCUAACCUAAAUAGCAUCAUAUCUCAUAAAUUUGCUCGGUUUUUACUCAUCCUAUUUUGAUUCCUUUCGACUAGCCGAAUUCUGAAGGCUAGGUUGAAUGAAACACCACUGGUAUGUAUAAUUAUGCUUUGUCUUUGGCUCGUUUCUUAUCAUGAGUUAGGUCACCGAGCAUGAUACGAUCGAGAUAAGUCUUCGAAAUGCUUUCUUCGCAACUCACCUCGGUCUCGCAGACCACGGCAUCCCCUCUGAUCUUAUAUGGAUCGAUUUCUGCUUCUGCCAAGAUACUUCGGUCUGCCGGAUCAACCUCGAACCAUAUCAGGCACAAUCAACAAGCUCGAGAAUUUCGAUUGGGUAGUUAUUGGUCUUCAUAUCUUGACCCAGGGUUUGAAAAAGAACUCAAACGCCGUCACCAAAUUCUGAAAUAUAAAUACCUUGAGGCUUUGGAUCGCAAGUUUGCCUGGGACCAUAAACCUUCGAGCUUCGUGAAGCAUUUUGGGAAGAGUUUUGGAUGCAGCGCUUGGAAAGCACAUGAUUCAAGACCUGGAGGACGAUGGGUUAAUAUGGAUCGAAUUGUCAAGAGCCGUGACGAGGCAGAACCAAUUGCUAGGGACGCUAAGCAUGAUGAAAGAGUUCCCGAUUACAAACACGCCAUGCAUAACUUCAUGCGCAGUAAAACCAUUUACUUCUCUCCUGCUCAUUCUAAGUAUACCUUCAAAGCGGAUGUAGAGAAGAGAGAUGGUGGUGAAUCAAUCCGCCUAUCACAAGCUGACGAUGCAUAUUGGAUAAAUCUGAGGUCGAAAAACGAGUCGGACAUGGAGGCGAAUCAAGAAUACGAGAUAGAUCCAAUCACGAAUCGAAAGGUGUUCAAAGAUGAAAAGCCUGUAAAUAUCCCAGUAAAGACAUUCAAAGGAUAUCGUCACCGAUUCCAGAAUUUAGUACCGCCGGAUAUCAGUGGUAGUCAAGCUGAUAUUGACAACUACAACAAGCCAUUCAUGUACAAUGAGCCUGAUGGAAAGCUUCCUGAAAAGCCCGAUCCGGUAAAGGAAGGGUUGAAUGACUAUGACUCUGUUUCCGAAGGAUACAAACCAUUUCUUUUCCGAGAGCCCGAUGGCAAAUUGCCUGAGCAGCCCGACUCUGUACGAGAAUCUCUGAAGGAUUAUGAUGGUGAAGGAUACAAACCAUUCUUUCACAAUGAACCAGACGGACAGCCACCACAAAAGUCCGAUCCAGUACAAGAAGGACUUAGAGAUUACGAUGAUUGUGCAUCCUAUACCGCGUUUCGAUAUAGAGAGCCUGAUGGAAAGCUGCCCGAGAAACCAGACCCCGUGCAAGAGUCAUUGAGGGAUUAUGAUGAAACCACGACUUACGGAUUCUUCCGUCACAAUGAGCCAGAUGGAAAAUUGCCUGAAAAGCCAGAUACAGUUCAAGAGUCGUUGAAGGAAUAUGAUACAACCACUUCUUAUGGUUCCUUCCGGUAUAACGAACCUGAUGGUAAACUUCCCGAAAAGGCAGAUUCAGUCCGAGAAAGUCUGAAGGAUUAUGAUAGCAAUAUUUCAUAUGGGUCCUUUCGCUACAAUGAGCCAGAUGGAAAAUUUCCCGAGAGUCCCGAUCAGACACGCGAAGCAUUAAAGGAGUAUGAUCAAAAGCAAGCCAGGAUGUCCCAGGAUUCUGGACCCAACUCCAUGGUGCAUGAAAUAAAGCCAUCCGAAAAAGUCACAAAUGUUAAAACUUCGCAAUUUCAAUCAAUAUCACAUAAAUACUCUGACCUGGAUACCAGAGAGGAUCUUGACCUACGUCGGGCAAGUGACAUUCGCGCUGCCUCGGGAAUUAUCAAAGACCGCAAGAAGGAAACUCUGGAAGAAAAGUCCGCGAAGAGAAAGCAAUUGGAGAAAGCAUUUGAGGAAGCGCAUCAAAACGUGGUUGAGUAUGCCAAGGAGAUCGCUGCUGAACAAAAAAGACAGGCUGAAACCAAGACGCUUGAAAGUUCCGUCCCUUCAGCUUCCAACAUAGGGAAAGAUUCAGGUUCCAUUGAUCAAAAGGACACAAAACCUGAUGCAGGACAAUCCGAGAAACGGAAAGUAACAGGAAAUUUUGUUCGGGAUUUUCCAGAAGAGUUCCAGAAAUCUUGGACACAGCAACAAAACGGCACAGGAGAAUUGACGCCAAAAUCGUCCAAAGAUGCUUGGGGUUAUGACAAGGCGCCUAAAGGACUAGAGCUAUCCUACUCGGCGGAAGUCGAACAAACUGUCCCGAAGAAUGAAAAGGACUACAUUGAUGGUCUUGGCUCGAAAGAAGCCUUUUCUCGAAACCCAAACACACCAAGACUCCAAACAUCCUUAGAUCGAUCUGCAGCUAAAUUAAGAUCUCCUCGAGAGGAUUUAACCAAAGCAAAAGCAGAAGUUGAUCCGUAUUCAAAAGUACCUCAAGGCUUAGAAACCUCAUAUGAAGAGGAAUGCGCGAACCAAGGCGAAGGAAACUCAUCUGUAUAUGUUUCAACAUAUGGAAAGACCAGAAAACAAUCUGGUAAGGACAAAGAGCUAGUUCGUGAGAUCCGAGAUAUCUAUGAAGACGCAUAUGGCAAGAUUGACUCCAAGCAUCGCCAGGUACUAGCAAAUGAUGUUAAAGCUAGAAACGCCCCAAAAGAAAACUCCCUGGCCGACCUUGAACCAGCCACUUACAAAGUUCUGGCUUAUGACUCGACAAUGCAAUCAAUCAACAUCGCUGAAACAACAUCAAUCGUGACUGAUACUGCAUCGGCUUUGACUCCUGCUGAUGUUCUUCUUCGAUUGUCCAAUCCGGCCAAAUUCUUUCCACACUUCCAGCCAUUACAGGCAGAAGGAUAUGAGAUUGUUUCUGGAGGUGGCGACGUUCUUGUUUUUCGCAAAAUCCGACCAGCAAGACGCUUACCAUCACAAGCUGAUCUGAAGAAUAACACAACCAAUCCGAUAGAUGGUAUGCAAGUAGCAACUGGUAGAUUUGCCAGCCCUACAGGCUUUGUUAACCACGAUUUACCGGUAUCUGCGGAACCGGCAUUUAAAUCAAAUAUUGACGUUCGACGCGAAGAACCUGUCUUCAGUGGAAAAUCUUCCUGGGAAGAUAAGUCCGAACCCGAGCGCAAGAAACCUGGCAAGAGCAAGAGAGUGUUGCUUGGUGGAGCAAUUGUCGGCGGUGGCUGUUACGCGAUUGGUGUAGUGACAGAAUUCUUCAAAACUGGGGGUGUAGAUGGAAAGGGACCGCAGGGGUUUUGAAUUUCGAGAUGAUAUCAGAUUCUAUGGAAGAAGUGGUCUGAAAGUGACAUAUUAGCUUAGUUUCUGUUUUUAUAUGAGGGGAAAUGAUAGGAGUUGGGGCGAACAGGGUCUUCGAUGAUAUUUAAGCUGAUUAGCAUUGGUGUUAUUAGGAGGAUGGGUAUGCAUCGCAUUAGCCAGGUUAGCCAGGUUUCAUUUUUUCAUUUGCAUGAGCUUUAAUUCCCUGUCCUUCUUAGCUGUACAGAUCAUAUGCUAUUUGAUCUGAUUUUGAUGUUCUUGCUAUAUAUCUGCAAUUGGAAUGUGAGCAGCAAUUUGUAUAGCAUUGUGUAUACAAGUCUUGUGUCGAAUGUUUGAUAAUUGUAACAAUCUUCGAGAUUCGGUCUGGUGUGUGUCCGAAAUGGUGGUAAUAUCAU